AUUAUAUUCCAUUAAACUGGAAGUAUCAAUUCUGUAUUGUAAAUAUAUGAUUUGGAUUCAUUGUAAGUGGUCGGCGAUUGUUACAGUAACCUACACUCAGUAACCAGCUGCUUUUUUGAAUCAACGGGCAAUUAUUAUUUUGGAUAAAAUGAUCUAUUUUAAAUUUAUUUCAGUUUCAGACUGAGAACUAUGAGAAAAACGUGAGCAAAACACUGUGAUGUCGAAAAUUAAUACCAAUAGUAAUACCAAACGUUUGACAAAGUCUGCAUAUGGGGAAUCAGAACGGAGGACACAACCUAGAGAAGGUGCCUACCAUGUCAACAUGUCUACCCGGAAGUUCCCACCUCCUAUUGUUUGUUACAGUGAGCGAGAACGUGAUGCGCAGACAUUGAACAAAUUCGAACAUUCGCGACUUAUUCGUCAACUGGAGCAUAUCGAUAAUGAAAAGGCAAUGGCGCAUAGAAAUAUUAAGAGAGAGGCUUCAAAAAUGAGAGAACGUUGCUCAAAAUUUGUGGACCUACAAAGCAUAAUUGCUGAUAAAACUCAAGUUGUUAGAGGUGAUGAGCGUCCGAAAUCCGUUCUGGGACCCAGCGGCAGUGGGUGCCGACCAGGGACAGCUCCUCGGGUAACCAGUCCUAGGGUGGUGGAUCUGGUUUUCUGGGGUGAGAAAGAAAUCAAAAAUAAAGUUAUCAGAGUGAACUCUCAGAUCCUAGAGACGGGGUCCAUACGGAGGUCAGACCUUGCAGAGAUCCGAAGAAAUCUUUCAAAUAGAGCAACCGUCUCCAUGCCAACCAUAAAAUCCGCACCCGCCAACAGAACUAAGGGAAGAACAAUGAAACAGUGCCAUUGUAAAGGAAUUUGUACUUGUCUUCCAAACGGAUCGAAUCAUAGUAACGCAGAUUCCUACCGACCUGCAACAGCUUUGCCUCAUACGGUUGCCGGUAACUAUAGAAGCAUAUACCAUAGCAACAGCACACGAUCGUCCGUGAGCAACGACCAACACCAUGGCGAUCACAAUAUAACAAGGGAUAUUACAGUUGAUACAGGAACAUUAACAAUGAAGGGCAUAUCAUGUAAACGUAAUACUGUCGAAACAAGUUUAGAGGGUACUCCCCACACACCUUGUGAUUCUCCAAAAAGUAUAACUGAUCAACUCUCUGGCAAAAGCCUUGAAUUGAAUUGCUUUAUUAAAACUCCAAAUAACAUGCUGAACGACCGACAAGAAACAGAUGUAAGUAUGGAAACGCCUGUAAUACUAAUUAACGGGGAGUCUGACGAUAAGCACGAACAUAGCACAGUUCCAACCGAUAACAUGAAUGAUGACGACAAAAGUGGAAAUGAAAACGUAUCACAUGCCAAUAACAUAAAAAGUAAUACUAAGAUAGCUGAAUCAAAAACUAUUUGCAAUCAAUAUACAAGUGAAAUGGAGCCUAGGUCUUGGAUAGGACGAGGCUUUGGGGUUCCUCAUAGACCACGCUCACACAAAACAAAAUCACGGUUCUUUGUGCGAGAUAAGGCAGAAUACGAAUUAAAACAAGAACUGAAAAAGCAAAAAUCAAAAAGAGAUACAGAUACACAAGUAACUUUUUAUUUGGAGGACGCAUUGAGUUUAGAAAAACUUAGAUCGAAUCUCUUUGGUAGGAAGGUUCAAAAAUAUGUGCUUGAUACAGCUCAGUAUAUCAAGAAUAUUUCCGUCAAUAAGUGGAAUAUUAAAGACAUUGAAACUAAAUUAAAGCUGAAUACUUAAUGUCUAAUGAGUGUCAGAGCUUUUCAAUAUUUUGGUUUUAUUUCUUUAAAAAGAGCUUCAUCUAGCAAUGUUUGGAUAGGCACUCGGGAUAGAUGCCCAACUAUCCUAUGAUGCAAAUCUUAUAUUGCUAUGACGAGUUUGUUGCUAAUGCUGACGAAGAAGCUAAGAAAAUGUAUCAGCAAUAAAUUAUUUUGUAUACAAUAUACUAAAGUAUUUAUUGUUAGGCCUAUAAAAAUAGUUACAAAAUUAAAUGCAUGCUAUUGAUCUAUCUUGCAAAUAUUACAAAGUGCUCCAUCCCGAAUCC